AUGAACUCUCUCCUGGCCUGCGCUGUGCUGUUUGCGUGGGGCUUGUCCGCGGCUCACGGGAGCCUCUGGGAGCUGCACAAGGUGAUCACGAAGGCGACGGGGAAAAGCGCUUUGCUGUACUACUCCUCCUACGGCUGCUACUGCGGCCUGGGGGGCCAAGGGCAGCCCAAGGACGCCACGGACAGAUGCUGCCAGCUGCACGAUAUCUGCUACGCCAACCUCCUGAGCUACCGCUGCGAUGCCAAGACGCAGGGCUACCGGCCCGGGUGA